AUGGGCGGCGGGCGCGAGCGCAGCCCGGAGCCGGCGGCGGACGCUCCAAUGCAGCGGGCCCCGAGCUCCCGCUGUGCCGGCCCGCACGCCGACAGGGACGCCACACCGCCACCGCCGAACGCAAGCGCAGGCCUCGAGGAUCAGGCCUGCGAGGCCGGCCUCGACCCCAGCGUCUGGGGGGCGCUCACAGAGGGCUCCCUGGUCUGGGCCAAGCUGGGCGCGUCCAAGUGGUGGCCAGGGAUGCUCGUCAAAGGCGAGCGGGGUGGUAUGCUGGCCUCCAGGGACCGGCCCUGGGUCUACUGGUUUGGCGAUCACCGAAUCUCAGAGGUGGCGCGGGACCGCGUGGUCGAGUUCGCCGCCGGCUUCCGCUCGCUGGUGCAGCCCGCCUACCGGCUGCAGGCGUACCAGCUGGGCCUGGUCGAGGCACUCCGGGAGUGUCGCCGGCGCCUGGGGCUGGAUCCGGUGGCCGGCUCCAUUCACCAGGUCAUCAGCUGGGGCCAGUCGGCCAUCGACGACGGGCUCACGUUCGAAGAUGUCAGCAUACCGGCCAGCGUGCUGUCCCACCUGGCGGGUAUCGCGGCGAGCCAGCGUCGGGCCCGGGACGAGCCGGGCCCGGGGGAGCGGCCGGCGCCGGCCAGGAGUCACUCGCCGCCCCCCGACCGCAGAGCCGAGUGGCUGCGUCGCACGGCCGACCCGUCCGCCGGCCUGGAGGCGGUGUGUGUGGCUUGCGGCUCACCGGAGGUCGCCGAUGGCCACCCGCUGGUGGUGGGCGGCCUCUGCGCGCCCUGCCAGGACGCAAUCCGCGACACCAUGUUCGCCAUCGCCGAGGACGGCAUCAGCCCCUACUGCGUGAUCUGUUCUCGUCUGGGCCAGCUGUUAAUUUGCGACGAGAUGACCUGCAAUAGCGGCCUGAGAGCCUGUCGCUGUGACGGAGGACUGGUGUACGCUCUGCUCCGGUGCCACAGGGGCUUCUGCUCGGUGUGUCUGAGCGUGCUGAUUGAUGCGGACGCGCCGGAGCGGCUGGCCGCGCUCCCCGCCUGGCGCUGCCCCGUGUGUCACGUGUCCGGUGACGUCAGCCCGCUGCGGGGUCGCGCCGACUGGAAACACCGGGUGGCGCGUCUCUUCACCCCGCGCUCCUGCCCAACCCUGCGCCUGCCGGUGGAGCAGUUCAAGAACAGGCGGCCCAUCCGUGUGCUGUCGCUCUUCGACGGAAUCGCCACAGGGAUGUAGGUGCUGAGCCAGCUGGGGGUCGCCGUGGACGUGUACCUGGCCGCCGAGACGGACCCGGACGCUAUCCAUGUGACCGCCAUGAACCAUCCCCGCGUCACCCAGCUGGGUGCGGUGGAGACGCUCACCGAUGUCAAGAUCUCUGAACUGGCGCCGGUCGAUCUCGUGCUGGCCGGAUCGCCCUGCACCGACCUCAGCGUGGUGAACCCGGCCCGGCGCGGCCUCUACGAUCCCGAGGGCACUGGCAUUUUGUUCUUCGAUUUCUACCGGAUUCUACGUAGCGUGGAAGUGUGUAACGAGGGCCGACAUGUGUUCUGGCUCUUUGAAAAUGUGGCCUCCAUGCCUCUGGAGUACCGGAAGGUGAUAUCCAGGUUCCUGCAGAUGGAGCCGGCGCUGAUCGACGCCAAGCACUUCUCGCCGCAGAGUCGGCCCCGCUUCUUCUGGGGAAACAUACCAGGCCUGUUCACACCGCUGCCGCCUCAUCUGCUGAACUCAGAGCACAGCAUAGCGCCAUGUCUGGUGCUGCCCAGCCGCCAGCCGGCCACUGAUCAGGUGGGCUGCGUCACCACCAGCCGCAACUCGCUGCGCCAGGGUCGGCUCAGCCUCAGCCCGGUCGUCAUGGACGGGCAGGGUGACGUCAUGUGGAUCACCGAGAUAGAACAGAUGUUUGGCCUACCCCGCCACUACACCGACCUCGGCAGCCUGGGCCCUCAGAGGCGCCAGCAGCUGCUGGGCCGAGCCUGGAGCGCGCCCGUCGUCCGGCACAUUCUCAGCAGCCUGACGCCGUUCUUCAGCGGGGCGUCUUCCGACACAUCCUCAGCAGCCUGACGCCGUUCUUCAGCAGGGCGUCGUCCGACGCGUCCUCAGCAGCCUGACGCCCUUCUUCAGCAUGGCGUCGUCCGACACAUCCUCAGCAGCCCGACGCCCUUCUUCAGCAGGACGUCGUCCGACACAUCCUCAGCAGUCUGACGCCCUUCUUCAGCAGGGCGUCGGCCGAUACAUCCUCAAUAGCAUGACGCCCUUUAGCAGAGCAUUUCACACAUUCCCUGCAGUCUGACCAGUCUAACUAAGCUGCGGUCUGACAAGUCCUUCUUUGUAGUGACUUGAUUUUCAGAAGAGAUUUACAUAUCAUGUCAUGCAAUGUUGCAUGGCCUGCUUGCAAUAUGCAAAGAACCAGAUGAAGAUACAUGUAUCUCUGCACAUCAAUACAGUAUGCUGCACAACAAUCAAAAGCUGAUGUGUAUAAUUACAUGUCACACUCUGGUCUUGUACACUUGUUUACAAUGAGGAUGUGAUAUGUACAGGCUAACAAGGACAGGAAAGCCUCGAAUGUCUACUGCUUUGCGAGUUGAUAUAGAACUAGAUAAUGCCCUCUUGUUGAUCUUGAAGCUCAUAGAACAUCACUAAUUUUGAUGGGUGUGGCAUCUUAUUGUCCAUCGUUUACGUCGGCAUUGGCGUAUUUUGCUGACAUUUGAGCAGAUAUCUGUGUUAUCCUUGGCGCAAUUAAGUCCUUCAAAGUUGUGCUAAUCUGGUGAUUAUAUUCCGUGAGAUAUUGUGGAUCACUAAUAUUGGUGUUAGCUGCUGAAGCAACUGGUGCAACUGAAUGAAAGCCAAGUGGUUGAUUGCUCAAUUCUCAGCAACUAAUUGACUGAAUCGUGCAAGGGCAUUUCGUGUAUUUUCGUGCAUCUUUACAUUACAAUAAACCAAUGUAUGCAA